AUGGCCAUCAAGCACCCUGCACUCCAGUGUUACAGCAGCCAGUUCAUCCCUCAGGAUAUUUACUUUGAAGUUCCUGCAAACGAGUUGCAUCAUCCCCAUGUCUGGCAAACAAAUCAUCAAAACUUCCUCUUCCACCAUCAUGCCGCCGCCUCAAGUCGCUUAAUUCAGCAUACUUCCCAGAAACUCCCACCAAACAGGUGCUUCCACCAAAUGCUUUGGUCACCUCCUACAACUUCGACUCGCAAGGCGAUGAACAAGAAGAGCUCCUGGCAUUCCCCAAUGCCUCUCAAAACAACAAAAAUCUCCCGCAGACCACAUUGA